AUGGAAGAUCACAUGCCCAGUGAAGAGAAGCUAGAUGCCUGCUCCUGCUCCUGCUCCAGCUGUGGCUCCUGCGGGGGCUGCAAAGGGGGCUGUGGCUCCUGCGGGAGCUGCAAGGGGGGCUGUGGCUCCUGCGGGGGCUGCAAGGGGAGCUGUGGCUCCUGUGGGGGCUGCAAGGGAGGCUGUGGCUCCUGCGGGGGCUGCAAGGGGGGCUGUGGCUCCUGUGGGGGCUGCAAGGGGGGCUGUGGUUCUUGUGGGGGCUGCAAAUCCAGCUGUUGCAAACCCUGCUGCUGUCAGUCCAGCUGUUGCAAACCCUGCUGCUGUCAGUCCAGCUGUUGCAAACCCUGCUGCUGCCCAUCAUGCUGUUGCAAACCCUGCUGCUGCCAGUCCAGCUGUUGCAAGCCCUGCUGCUGUGAGUCCUGCUGUUGCAAGCCCUGCUGCUGCCAGUCCAGCUGUUGCAAACCCUGCUGCUCCAGCUGCUGUGCCCCCGUGUGCUGCCAGUGCAAGGUCUGA